GCGGGGAGGGAAGCGUCAGCAGCCCUGGCUCUGGCCCUGGCCCUGGCUCUGGCUCUGGAAGGAGAGAAGCCAGAGGGCUGGGAAGGGGCCAGGCACUCGCUGGGGUUGGGGUGUGUGUUUCAAUCUUGCUUUGGGAACUUUUCUGACACCCAGGUGCCGGCGGCUGAGAGAAGCGGGGAGUCAGGUGCGGACACCGCGAAGGGGGACGCAGCCAGGAGUGAAACCCACUGGUCGGCCGAGGAAGGAGAACUGGAACCAGCUCUGUUUCGGGGGGCUUGCACUGGUCUGGCCCUUCGCAGGAGGGACUCAGCCGGGAGGAAUUUCUUUCCCCCAAGCCCCGGCCAACCAGUCUUCGAGGCACGGAUCCGCCGUGUGGAGCCAACGCUGCUUCGGGACCCGCCUGGACCAAUUCCGGCUGUGGGACAGUUCCCAACCCCUGGGUGUUUCUUUCCGGGCAGGGCUCCUGGCUCUGGCCCACCACCCCGGCCCCCCAGAUCAGUUCCGGGAGCCGGUGACUUGGGGGGAAAUCGGAGCCGACGGCUUGUUUUGGUUUGCAGAACAUGGGCAAGGCCCGCAGCUCCCUCCUGUGCGUGCUGGUGGCCUGCUGGAUGGGCUCGGGCACCCCGGCGGACCUGUACUUCCUGGAGAGCCCCUCGAACCAGACCUCAUCCCUGGGCAAGGACGUGCGGCUGCGCUGUGCCAUGCAGCUGAGCCAGGAGCUGCCCGAGAUCAGCUGGCGGCGGGACGGGCAGGUGCUGGAGCUGGCCGACAGCAACCAGAUGCAGAUGCCCAUAAACGACACGGUCUGGCUGGCCAUCAGCGAGCUCAGCAUCCCAUCCGUGCAGCUCUCAGACGCGGGCAGCUACCAGUGCGCCAUGUGGGUGAACGGGGAGGAGGUGCUGUCCGACACAGCCCACCUGGGGCUGGAAGGUCUGCCCUUCUUCUCCGAGGAGCCCCAGGACCUGGAGGUGGCAGCUGACACCCCCUUUAACCUGAGCUGCAGCGCCCAGGGCCCCCCCGAGCCGGUGCGGGUCAUCUGGCUGCAAGACGGGGCCCCCCUCAACUCCCUGGUGGACCCUAUGGCGCAGGCGCCCUCCAUGCUGGCUGUGAGCGGCCUGAACAGAACUGCCUCCUUCUCCUGCGAAGCCCACAAUGCCAAGGGCGUGGCCACCUCCCGGACCGCGGCCGUGACAGUGGUCCCCCAGCGGCCCAGGAGCCUGGUGCUGGUGAUGCGCAGCGAGAACGCCCUGGAGGUGGGCUGGGAGCCGGGGGCCAGCGGGGCAUCGCCCCUCAGCGUCUGCACAGUCCAGGCCGUGCGCACAGACCCGGACCUCAGCACCGUCCCCGCCGAGGCCAUGUACAACCAGAACCUCAACGUGCCGCCCUUCCGCCACCUCAUCCAGGGGCUGGCGCCCUUCGCCUCCUACCACGUCCGCGUGGCCUGCCGCAGCGGGGCUGGUGCCUCCCGCUGGACCCACUGGGUGCCCAUGGAGACCCUGGAAGGGGCGCCCCACGACCCCCCGGAGAAUGUCACGGCCUUCCAGAACGGCACCCGCGCCACGGUACAGUGGCUGGAGCCCCGCGGGCCGCUGGGCGGGAUCCUGCGUGGGUACAAGCUGGCCUAUCAGAGCCCCGAUUCAGCCGAGGUGGUGGUGGAUGUGGGGCUGACCACCGAGAAGACCCUGGAGCUGGUCUCGGAGGUGCAGAACCUGACGGUGCGGGUGGCGUCGUACACCAGCGCCGGGGACGGGCCCUGGAGCGACUCCGUCAUGGUCUCCCCGUCCUAUCUGCUCGCCCCACAGACCCAGCGAGUGAGGGAGAACGCGACCCCCGCCUUCUCGUGGCACUGGUGGGCCGUGAUCCUGGCCGUGGGCCUGGCCGUGGCCUUCGCCGUCUUCUUCGUCCUCAUCCUGGCCCGGCUGCGCAAGAAGGAGACGCGGUUCGGGGAGGCCUUUGAGCCCCACGUGGAGCGGGGCGAGCUGGUGGUACAUUACCGUGUCCGCAAGUCGUACAGCCGCAGGACCACCGAGGCCACGCUGAACAGCCUGGGGAUCAGUGAGGACCUGAAGGAGAAGCUACGGGACGUGAUGGUGGAUCGGCACAAAGUGGCUCUGGGGAAGACCCUGGGUGAAGGCGAGUUCGGCUCCGUCAUGGAAGGGCAGCUCAACCAGGACGACAGCGUCCUCAAGGUGGCCGUCAAGACCAUGAAGAUCGCCAUCUGCACCCGCAGCGAGAUGGAGGAUUUCCUGAGCGAGGCCGUCUGCAUGAAGGAGUUCGACCACCCCAACGUCAUGAAGCUGCUGGGGGUGUGUCUGCAGAGCACGGAGAGCGAGGGCUGCCCCUGGCCCGUGGUCAUCCUGCCCUUCAUGAAACACGGCGACCUGCACAGCUUCCUGCUCUACUCCCGGCUCGGGGAGAGCCCCGUGUACCUGCCCACCCAGACGCUGGUGCGGUUCAUGGCCGACAUCGCCAGCGGGAUGGACUAUCUCAGCAGCCGGAACUUCAUCCACCGGGACCUGGCCGCCCGCAACUGCAUGCUGAACGAGAACAUGAACGUCUGCGUGGCCGACUUCGGCCUGUCCAAGAAGAUCUACAGUGGGGACUAUUACCGCCAGGGCCGCAUCGCCAAGAUGCCCGUCAAGUGGAUCGCCAUCGAGAGCCUGGCCGACCGCGUCUACACCACCAGGAGUGACGUGUGGUCGUUCGGGGUCACCAUGUGGGAGAUCGCCACGCGGGGGCAGACGCCGUACCCGGGCGUGGAGAACAGCGAGAUCUACGACUACCUGCGCCAAGGGCAUCGCCUCAAGCAGCCCCUCGACUGCCUGGACGGGCUGUACCAGCUGAUGAGCAGCUGCUGGGCCCUGCACCCCAAGGAGCGCCCCAGCUUCAAGGAGCUGCACGGGGAGCUGGAGAAGACCCUGCUGAGUCUCCCCCCCACCCAGGGCCCUGAGGAGAUCCUCUACGUCAACAUGGAGGACGGGGGCGCGGAGCGGGGCGCCGUGGGGGGGCUGGGCCCCCAGCAGCCGGCCAAGGAGCAGCUGCUUCCAAAGGGGGCCGUGGCGGCCCAGGUGCACCGGGCUGAGGGGGCGGGACGGUAUGUGCUGUGCCCCGCCCCCCCCGAGAGCGGCCGGCGGCCGGGCGACCCCCCCGCCUCCCCCACGCCCUGCGCUGCCUCCGAGGAGGGGGCCUGAGGGGGGGCUGAUCCCCAAGGGGCCCCGAUCCCCGUCUCUCUGGCAGGGCUGGGCAGCCUAUGGUGAUGGGCAGGAGACCCACCCUCUACCAGCUGCCCCCAUCUCCUGUCUGACCCCCCCAACCCUGGACCCCCACCCCUCAUCUCCUGUCUGACCCACCCCCCUGAUCCUGGGCCUCUGCCCCCCAUCUCCUGUCUGACCCCCGCACUGACCCUGGGCCCCCACCCCUCACCUCCUGUCUGACCCCCCAAUCUUGGGCCCGCGCCCCCCCACCCAACUCCAUUCCCCAACAGUUCCUCCCCCAACAUCGCCUGUUCCCACCGCCCCUUCCACCCCCAGCAAUGGAACCCGACCCCCAAACCAUCUUCCCGAAUCCCUCCCACCCCUCCCUACCUGCACCCAGCCCCCCCACUCCCCAACUCCAGUCCCCCAGCUCCUCCCCACCCACAGCGAGACCUUCCCUCCCAGCCCCCUUUGCCAUGAGGUGGGGCUGGAGCGUGGCCGGUCUCCCUGCCGAGCCCAGGCCUGGCUGCCCCCCAUGGGAGGGACGCCGAUUGCCCCCUGCCCCGCAGCCUGCUGGGACAGAGACACUUGGGGUGAGCAGGGGGCUGCCAGGCCUGGGCGGGGCAGGAAAAGGGACUGGCUGGGCCACUGCCCCCCCCCCUGGCCCAGCCCCCCCAUUUCCCCUCCAGCUGUUUCACUGCCAUAGGGUGGGGCAGGGCCCCUGCCCCUCACCAGGCCGGGACAACCAGGAAGAGGGCGACGCCGGGACAGGACCAGGCCCUCGGGGCCGGACCGAGGUCGCCCCGCGCCGGGGAAUGGAGCAGGGGGUGACCCCCAGCGCCGGCCGCACCAGUGGGAGCUCGCAGGAGCCACCAGGCACCCGGCCACCGACUCCCCCGGGCUGGUCCGACGGAGCCGGCGCCAUGCGCAGAGCGUCGCGGGAAGAGAGUCACGGCGUGGGGCCGGCUCCCAGCGCCCUGGGGCCGAGCCGCCCCCUGGAUGCUGCUGGCCUCUGGAGCCCGGCUCCCCUCCGGGGGGGCCUCGCGUGGGGCCCCUGUCAGGUCCUGCGUCGCUCCGGAGCUUCGGACCCAGCUGGCAGCUCUGCAGACGCGGCCCCCACCCCGGCCGGCGCCCAGGGUCGCAACGAACCCUGCCGGCGAGCUCAGCAAAGGGCCGCGGGGCCGGGGCGGGUUUGCCGUGGCCAAAGCCCUGGGCGAGGCCGGGCCACCCCCGCGCGGGGCCAGGGACUCGGGGCUGAGGCAGGAGAACUAUCUCCCCCCGGCCCGGGUUCGAGACAAAGCCACUUUUGCACUAUUGUCCGUGCUGGGCCGGGCGCGCUCCAGGCUGAGCCACUGCCGACCGGCUCCGGGUUCGAAUCCCUCGUGCCGUGGAGCCGCCCGGACUCGAUGCAGCCGGCAGCUCCAGCUGGCCCAGGGCGGCCUGUGAGCUCCGUCCGGCUGGGGGGCCUCCAGGGGCUCACGUCGGUGCUGCUGUGGGUCCACGAGUGCCGUGGGGCUCCCCACGGAAAGGGGGCGCAGUGUGGACAUGGCAGAUACCAGGCCCCGGCUUGCGCCCACCAUCAGCUGUCAGGCUGGCGUGAAACCCACCGAGGCCAAGAGCUUCCCGGGGCCGCGCCCGCCGUCAGCUCCCACGGGGCGCCCGGCUCCGGCUUGGGGGCUGCAGGGAAUUCGGCCUUCGUUAGCCCCCCCGGAUGCAAACGCCGCAUGUGCCGGCUCAUCCGGCCUGCGUGCCCCUGGCACCGUCGGCCCCAGCGCUGCCCCCAAGCGCCCGGCAGCAAACCCGGGCCGGCCGGGGUCCGGGGCGAGGGACGCGGCCCGUCUGCGGAGCGGAGCCGUUUACGGAAAUGUACAUACUUUGUUUACACGCUGUAUAUGGACCGGCUGCUCCGGUGUGUAACGCACCCGCUGCCCUGUCGGGGCGCGAGCCGGGCGAGAGCGUUCGGCCACAGCCCUGCUUAUAAAUAAACGCUUCCUCCAA